AUGGCAGACCACGCAAAGCAAACCCCCGAGUACUUCCAAGCAGGACUCAACGCCAGAGAAAUGGCGCAUAUCUACCACGACAGCGAAAGAGACACCAAGUACUACGUCCAGCACGGCACGCUACCUCAAGAGCUUGUCAUCCCAGCCUGGGACCAUCUCGCCAUUGGUGAGCCCCAGGCUGAGCCCAAGCAUGAAGACUUUGCUUCGACCGCCCCCGAAACAAACAACAACUCGCCUGGUACUUCUCGAGGACCUGUUCCUGCCCUCAAAAACUCUGCUAACCCCCCUUCAGCUGCUGACCCCAAAGGUCCUCGCAGCAUCACAGAGCUGCAAGAUCUGCGCAACAUUUCCGAUCACGGCUCGUCAACCUGA